CCAAACAACAAUAGUGAUCAAAUACAGAUAUAUCAUGGUACGGUCUCAAGUAGCCAGCUAGACCCUUUUGGAAUGUUGUUCGCGAGCAAAAGCCCGAAACUCUAUUUCCAAAGGUCUGAAACGUACCAAAACUGCACGAAAAUAAAUCCAGCGGUGCACCUCUAGCUUGCUCCUCUCUUCAUAUAUUGGCAGUAUGUUCUCAGGGAUCCAAAAGAUUAUGUCAGGCUACUGCCAUCUGAUCCCAUGAUUUUGAGUCUGACACACAAUAAAAGAUAUCCAUUUUCAUGUUAGAUAUCAGUUCUCAUGGUUGUUAUUUUUCACAGUUUUUGUUAUGUCAUCAUCAUCGUCACUGUUAAUAAAAUCUGAACAGUGAUUCUUUACCCUCAAUUCCCUUACUCCUUUCUGCUUUUCAGUAUUUUGGCUUCCCUUUUGUGGUUAUCCAUGCUCCAGCAUUAGCGAAGUACAUUUUCACCUGAGCAAUCAUGAAAAAUGCCACUUAACAUCAAGGUAGGAGAUGGGUUUUUCUUGCUGUUAUAUGCAUUUAUCACUAGCUGGUAGUAGUUGCAUGGUUGUUUACAGCGAAACUAGCUUGUUCAUUAUCUAGGAAAGCUUUUAUAGAUAUUAUAAAUGAAAGAAAAAAAAAACAUUUAGAAAAGUUUAAAUUGAAAUUAAAAAUAAAAAACACUUUCCUUGAAACUGAUUCCUCUCCCCCCCUGUCUGUACCUAGCUUGUCCUGCUUCAUCUUGUGGUUCCAAAGAAGCCUUGUCACACCUUACGCUACCUUUUGGUAACAUAGAUUCUCCAACUGGAUCCAACCCACCAUCACCACAGCCUCUUUCUCCACCAUUUAUAAGCACUGCACCCUAGCCACUCAGUAUCUCAAAACACCUCUUCAAUUAAAACCUGCUCUCUUAUGUUCACUUAUUCAGUGAUCAGCCCAACUAAUAUUCUUCUAUUUGCAAAAGAGUCCCGUGUCUCUGCUUUUCCAUCAAAAUUUUAGACUUGGCAUUGAGAAUAUGUCUUCCAGCCAUCAAACUCCAAGGAAUUCUAGCUCCUCUUGGACACCAAGGGAAAACAAACUGUUUGAAAAGGCUCUAGCCUUGUUUGAUAAGGACACACCGGACCGGUGGCAAAAUAUAGCCAAAGCUGUUGGUGGCGUGAAAUCAGCUGAGGAAAUGAAGAGACACUACGAAAUCCUCAUUGAAGAUCUUAAACAUAUCGAGUCCGGCCGUGUUCCUAUUCCUAAUUACAAGUCCAGUAGAAGCUACAGCAAUACAAACGAAGAAGAAAGUCUUGCUUUAUAGGCUUCUGAAGUAUGUCAAGCUGCAGUGAAGUCCAGGGCUCGGGCAGGUUACCUUUUUAUCACCCGACAUGCAAAUCUUUGUGAAAUGUUGAUGCGCGUAUCAGUUGUCCUCUGCACUGUGAUUUAUUUCAGAUCGUAUUCUAUUUUCCGCGUUGUAAUGAAAUUAUCUAUGUUAUUAUAAUGUUAUUCAUUUA